CGUAAUAGCUAGCUACUCCGAGCUUCAGUCUAUCAUGAGCAGUGCUGAACCGCAGAGCAAGAAAUCCAAGAUGGUCUCGAGUUUGGAACAGCUGAAGCAACUGACCACCAUCGUGGCGGACACCGGCGAUUUUGAAGCCAUGAAGGUGUACAAACCGACGGACGCCACCACCAACCCGUCGCUGAUCCUGUCCGCGGCCAGCAUGGACCAGUACCAGCCGCUGAUCGACAAAGCCGUCAAGUACGGCCUCAAGCAGGGCUCCACCGAGGACGAGCAGGUCUCCGAAGCGGCCGACAUGCUGUUCGUGCUGUUUGGGUGCGAAAUCCUGAAGCUGGUUCCGGGACGGGUUUCGACGGAGAUUGACGCGCGGCUGUCGUUCAACCAGGAGGCUUCGAUCGCCAAGGCGCUCAAGUUGAUCCAGCUGUACGAGGAGAACGGGGUCGAGCGGAAGCGGGUGCUGAUUAAGCUGGCCUCGACGUGGGAGGGAAUUCAGGCGGCGCGGGUGCUGGAGAAGGACCAUGGGAUUCAUUGCAAUUUGACGUUGCUGUUUUCGUUCGGGCAGGCGGUGGCUUGUGCGGAGGCCGGGGUGACGCUGAUUUCGCCGUUUGUGGGGCGGAUUUUGGAUUGGUACGUGGCGAAUACGGAUCGGAAGGAGUUUGCGCCGGAGCAGGAUCCGGGCGUGGUUUCGGUGACGAAGAUUUAUAAUUACUACAAGAAGUUUGGGUACAAGACGGUGGUGAUGGGGGCUUCGUUCCGGAAUACGGGGGAGAUUCGUGCGCUGGCCGGGUGUGACUUGCUGACGAUAAGUCCGAAGCUGCUGGGGGAUUUGGAGAAGAGCGAGGAGCCGAUUAAGCGGUUCUUGGAUCCGGAGGUGGCCAAGGCGAGCGAUUUGCAGAAGAUUAAGAUGGACGAGGCCACGUUCCGUUGGAUGCUGAACGAGGACCAGAUGUCGACGGACAAGCUGUCGGACGGAAUCCGCAAGUUUGCCGCCGACGGGCGCAAGCUGGAGACGAUGCUGCGCGGGCUGGUUCAGCAGGCCGUUUGAAGUGCGUGGGAGGGGUGCAUUUUUUUGGGAGGUGCUAGAAGUACUUGAUCCUUUUUGUGGAACAAUUGGCCUAACGAAAUUCCGUAGAAUGUAGAUGUACAAGGAUGUCAUCCGAAGCGAUUUCCAGACACACACUGUUUAAAUCUUGCAAUUUUUUAUACAAUGCCUAAAUAAAUAUAUUUUCAACGUCAAACUUA